AUGUGUGGGAAUGUACUGUCUUGUUUGAAAGGCAAUGCUUCAGAAUCAGCUAGUCUCACAUAUUUUGGGAGAAGGGAAGAAGAUUACACAGGUACCAAAGUUCUGCGGAGGUUCGAUGACAGCGGUACGUUCACUUUAGGCGAGCUUCAUUCUCUCAUUAGUGAUGUCAGCGACGAGGAAGUAGAAGUUGAAAGUGUUAAUACGGAAACAAAUCCAGAUGAUGCGAGCCAGCCGGAAAGUGAGGGUCCGAAAAUUGGAUAUUUAGAUGAAGAAUUAGAAGGAUCCGAAAGCGAUCCUAAUUACGCCUACCUUCACCCAGUUCCAAGCAGUGAUAAUUACCAAGCGAUGUCCAGGGUGACCGAUAUAAUAAAACUUUCGGACCUGUCAACGAGGUUGGACACGUCCAUCUAUGAGGGUCGUUCCGUGCACCGAGGUUCAACCGAGGGCGAGCUACAACCAGGAUUGCGUUCCAUAUUGAAGCAUAAUCCUGUGGAACCAGAACCACAGGCAGGUUCCUCCAGGGCAGAGGAAAUCAAACCAGAUUCACAAAAGACAGAAAUACCCGAUAGCUUCAAUAAAAAUAAAGAUGAUUUACCUGAGAAUACCGAAGAAAAGUAA